UCGGCACUUCGUCUCUUUACACGCAUUUUCUGCUGUUAGUUUUGCUUCCGAGAUGGCCUCUCAGUCCAGCUCCAGCACAACUGCGACACAUCCCGCGCGGGCGUAUGCUCAAGCCAACCCUAUCGAUCUCACUCUCGAAGACGACGACGAAGAUAUCCAUGUUGCAGAGCGCAUGCCGAAACGACAAUGCACGAUGUCCAGGUCGUUCAAUGCCCAAUGUUCGAACACUCCGAACACUCCCUCCUCCACAUACAAUCACCAAUCUUCUUCUGGACUCUCCCCUGCUAUGUCUCAUUCCAGUCUCGCACCUCAUACACCGCACGGCGCGUCGGACGCGCCAUCUAGUUCGCGUACACCACAGCUUUCUCCAUCUUCAUCGUACUACCGCGACGACUACCAUAACAAUUCUGUGAACGCGCUCAGAGCGCAGUUCCAGGGUCCCUCGAAUUCGUCGGCUUUCUUCCAGCCAAGACCUCAAGCCCUUCCUCCUUAUAAUCCUUUGGAGCAACCUUCUCCCCCGCUGCCGCAGCAUGCGUCGAAUGGGAGCUCUUCGUCAGGUUCUCAAGCGGCGGUGCGUCAGGUCAUCGACCUCACAGGUUCUCCUUCACCGCCUCCCUCUUCUCGGCCCUCCCAACCACCACCACAGCUUCAGCCUCCACAACAACCUCAGCUAAGUCGUGGAAAUCUUCCCGCCGACCUUCCUCCGAAGACUCCGGUGUGUAUCGGAGUCCUGAAUGCGACCGCACUUGUCCUCUACCCCAUAUCCUACUUAAACCCACCAGACUAUGGCUCGCAAGAUUCCGACUGGGCACCGGUCCGGCUGCAAUACGAACAUGUCGAGAACAAACCAGGCGGGACGCCCGCGACUAUCAAUAUCAGGCCGCCGUCGGUUAGGGGGAUGAAUGGAGAGAUCAUCCCUGCAGAGACAUUCGCCGUGGUGGAACAGAAGGUUGCGACGCAUCUAGGGCCCAUGCUGGGAAAAGGUCUCAUCCGUCUAGAUGCCAAGAUUCGACGAGGGAAUCGCACGCUACCUAUACUCCAAUUGCAAAUGCUAGUCUUCACACCAAAGGGCAACAUUGACGUCGUUUCACAAUACCUCCAUGCCAAUGGUUUGUAUCUAGACCAUCCGACGCUUCCCUCCGACAUACAAUACGUAUCAUCCAGUUACUACUGUAACCCCCAUAAUCCCCCUCCUGGUGGACACUCCCGAGGCGGCCAGGUCCUGAACCGUCCGGGCUAUAUGGCCCCCACAGGAAACAUCCUCAGCAGAUGGAGCGCCCCUGCAGUGGCCGGGAGAAGCGUUGAAGUUCAGCGCAGUCAGGUAGACGAGGUGUUCAAAAGCUUGAAGGGUGGAGACGAGCUCGACGAAGCAGACCCUCCGCCGGAGGUCGCUACGAAAUUGUAUCCGCACCAGCUGAAAGCUUUGACAUUCUUGCUCGCACGAGAACAAGAGCUUGGCGAGGCUGGUUGUCGGCAGACCUCCCUGUGGCAAGAGAGGCUCAAUCCCCUUUCACAGCAGGUUUCUUGGGUCAACAUCGUCACUCAGGCGGAAGAAUUCUCCAAACCGUUCGAAGCGAAAGGUGCCAUUCUCGCGGACGACAUGGGUUUGGGAAAGACGAUUACCUGCGUCUCGUUAAUUGCGGCGACGCUCCGCUCGGCACGCGCCUUUGCUGAGACACCGCUCACACCCCCACCAACGCCGCCUCUUCAAUCAUCGGAUGCGCCCUUGACAGCGUCUCAUUUUCAGGGGAGCGUGUGGGGCAUCCCGCCGCCAUCCAUCGAGUCACACGGUUCGUCGACGAAGGCGAACAAGAAGAUGGCGCGAGAACAGGAUCGAAUCGAGGCGCAGUAUACGCGCGCCUGCAGGAUCAAGAUGAAGAGCCGUGCCACUCUGAUCAUCUGUCCGCUCUCGACGGUGGUGAACUGGGAGGACCAGUUCAAGGAGCACUGGCGCGGUGAAGUCAUCGUGUGCGGGGGUCAGUCGGGCGUCCCCCCAACCGCUAGCCAGCCCUCGACGUCUGGGUUUUCAACGCCAACGCCUACGGGCUUGCAGCUCGACAUAAAGGCGGAGAUGAAGAAGCCUACCGUAGGACGACUGCGCGACGGUCCGCCUCUGCGCGUAUAUGUGUACCAUGGGAAUGCACGUCGUCUGGAGCCGACCUUCUUGGCCGACUUUGACGCUGUCAUCACCACGUAUUCCACGCUUGCGUCUGAGUUCUCCAAGCAGACGAGGAGCGUGGAGGCUGCGGACGAUGAUGAAGAGGACGACGCGGACGGUGUUGGUAGCGAAGGCUUCAUCGAGGUGGAUGGGUCCGGUCAGCCUAUCACGAAGUCCAAGGGUAAGAAGCCGAAGAAGCGAAAGAAGGCCUGUGGUUCUGCGAUCGAGGCGACGAGCCCGUUGCAGAGCAUACACUGGUUCCGCGUUGUCCUAGACGAGGCACAUUCCAUCAAGGAGACGAACACAGUUGGCUGCCGCGCCUCCUGUGAUCUGGUUGCAGACCGUCGUCUCUGCCUAACGGGUACCCCCGUCCAGAACAAACUUGAUGACGUCUAUGCACUGAUCAAGUUCCUUCGUCUGGCGCCGUUCGACGACAAGAACACGUGGAACGAGUUCAUCGGCACUCCGGUCAAGUACGCGCAGCCCCUGGGCGUCGCCCGUCUGCAGACCAUCAUGAAGUGCAUCACGCUCCGUCGGACGAAGGAGUCUCGCGCCGAGGAUGGCAAGAGGAUCCUCUCACUCCCUCCGCGCACUGAUGAGCUUCGAUUGCUCAAGUUUGACCAGCAGGAGCAGGCGAUUUACGACCAAUUCUUCAACGAGUCCAAGGCCGAGUUCCACGAGCUGUCGCACAAGAACGAAGUGAUGAAGAACUACGUCGGCAUACUGCAGAAGAUCCUCCGUCUUCGCCAAAUCUGUGAUCACUUCGAGCUCGUACAGAAUAAGGGCCUCGGGCUUCCCGGUGACGCACCGUCACCAUACGAGGAUAUUGUCGCGACCGUCGCCCGCGAAGGCCUCGACCUUCAGCGGGGAGCGAUGAUCUUUGCCUUGCUGAGGGAAGCCGGUACGACGCAGUGUGUCGAGUGUCAGUGCGAGCUAUCCGCGUCUAUGGAUGCCAACAACGAGGGCCUUGCUGAAGUCGACGCUCCCGCUGCCCCAGCGAAGCGCGGGCGGAAGCCCAAGGCUUCGGCGUCGACUUCUCGUACAUCGACACGCCAGAACAGCCCUUCUGCUCCCCAGCCAGUCCUGACACGAUGUCAGCACCUCUUCUGUGCUGGCUGUUUCCGCGCCUCGACCUUCCCCGGUUGGCCAAACGUCCAGUCGGACGUGCACAGAGCUUGUAGUAUCUGCCAGACUGCGCUGCUUCCGAGCGAUGCCGUACAACUCAAUAUCGACCUUGCGAUGCUGGAAAAUGUCUUCUCGGGCGGUACGAAGAAGAAGGCAGCGAAGAAAGAGAAGCGGCAGAAGGGCAUCGCUCUCGAGGACUUCCAUCCGUCCACCAAGGUCCGCGCGCUUCUAGGAGACCUGAUCCAUUUCUCUAAGGCGAACCCGUACUCGGCCAACUACGAUCCGAGCUCGAUCGAAGUGCAGAUGGUCGAUGGCGAUGGGAACUGCUUGGACGACGGUGUCACGAAGACUGUUGUGUUCUCCCAGUGGACCAGUAUGCUCGACAAGGUGGAGGAUGCUCUUGAGAUUGCCAACAUCCGUUACGACCGUCUCGACGGUACCAUGAAGCGAGAUGAACGCACCCGGGCCAUGGAGGCGCUGAAGCACGAUCCGAGCUGCGAGGUCCUCCUGGUCAGUCUGAAGGCUGGUGGCGUCGGUCUCAACCUCACCGCGGCUCAACGCGUCUACUUGAUGGAUCCUUACUGGAACCCUGCCGUCGAGAAUCAAGCCGUAGACCGUAUCCAUCGACUUGGUCAGACGCGACCCGUCACCACGGUGAAGUUGAUUAUUGAGAACACCAUCGAGGCUCGGCUGCUAGAGGUCCAGAAGAAGAAGACGGAGCUGGCGAAUAUUACGCUCGGCCCGCCAAUGAGCAAGUCCGACCUCCAGGCUCGUCGGAUGGAGGAGCUCCAGCAGCUCUUUGCAGCGUAACUUAUACUUCCUCUUCGCAUCUCUUACGCUAUUGCAUUAUAGACUCUUGUUUAUUUUACUACUGUAUUGUCUGUCUAACUUCUUUCUUGGCGUUGCUUGUCGCUAUGUUUUCUUGCUGUCGGCUUUUGGCACUGGCGCUCCUCGAACAUCGAUUCGCAGAGUUAGUGAGCUGCGUUCGCCAUGUAUUCCUGCGUAUCGUAGUGUCUACUAGAAUGCAAAGUGUGCAGCGCUUUUGCGCCGUCCUAAAGUAUACACGAGGAUCUGGGCAACGAAGAGUCCGAUGGUGACACCAAUUGCCACCUGAAUCAUCCGAAUUCCAAGUUCGAAACUCCCGGAAUACCGUGCCGCAGAGCUGCUGUAAGGUUGGAUGAGGCCUCCGCCAUUACCGAUAGCCGACGGCACAAGAAACAAGACCCCAGUAACCAUGGACGUAAACGCUGUACCCCCGACAAUGCGGGAAUACGCAUUCCCGCACAAGCUUAUGACGAAAGCUCCAGACGCAGAUACAAUAUCGCUCCGGUCUGAGAUCAAGUAGUUCGCCGUGCGGUUGGCGGCGUAGGCGACGCAAGAGAAUGCCACCAUAAUCAGGAGCUGGAUGCUGCGGAUGGCCUGGAGGUUUGCGAUAGAAGAGAAUAUGGAGUAGAUCGGUACAAGGAAGAGCAUUGUCCACCACGGGAAGGGCUGUCUCCAAAAAGGCCAGUUUGGAUUCCGGUAGCAACCUUUGAUGAUAUGGCUGUGACCAGAGUCCUCAGUUUCUACGAAUGUAAAAACUGCGCCUAGGUUGGUGAUUGGAAGCGAGUCGUUGGCGUUGAGAAUAAAGCCGUGCAAAACCUCCGCAUCGAGGAGACUUGUGGCGGCCAACUGUCGACGCGCUUUCGGAUUGACAAGAAGGUAGAAGUCGGAGCCAAUGGUCAAACCAAAGCCGAGGAACAGGGUGUAUAUGAUGGCGUAAACCAUUCGUACGGAGCCGCAUAGAAUAUUCCUCGAUGUCAGCUCUAGUGCCGCGAUCAGAAUGGUGAAUCCCGGCAGGAUGAGGACGACGCCAGCGGAGGAUAUCGCGCUGUAGCAAAAGAUGUUCCCUGGAAUCGUUCCGAGCGCCCGAGCGAGGAAUGAGACGACGAUGGAGACAGAUAUUUCAUAGACAUUCGCAUAGAUGGUGCUCUUCGCGGCUGCGUUCAGCCCUAGAUACUGCAGCAAGGCCGCGCUCGCCCCGCUCACGAACAUGUCCACGAGGGACCCUCCGAACGAGAGCACGCAGAUGAUCGACGCGCAGAAGAACGCCAGCACACAGCGGGUCCAGAUGCUGUACAGCGGUUUCGCUUUCAGGAUCUCCUUGAGCUGUUCGCUUCCCUCGGUCGCCCCGAUCUUGUCGUGCAGGACGUCACGGUAGACGUGAUGAACCUGGUGCAGCUUCGUGAGCGCCACGCGUCCACCAGCGCGAACAAAGUGCGUCUCGGAGGUGUGCGUGUCCGAGUCCAUGAAGCUGACGAUGAUGAGGUUUGGAAGAUGGACAAAGGCGACCUUGACGUCCAGGAUCGCCCCUGCCGCGUGUAGCUGGGACUCGAUGCGGUGGGAGGGUGCCCCGAGGAAGAGCAGGACCUUCGCAAGGCGCAAAAUGAACUUCUGUCUUGCCACAUAAUCUUCAACAUGAUGCACGAUCUGCGACCGCCUCCUCUUGCGGAGCGCCUGGCACCUUUCGGCGUAGCUCAGCCGCCUCCCCGCUGUCGAGCUCUCCGCGUCUUUGUCCUUCUCGUCCUGCUCAUAUAGAGAAGCCACGGACAUGGCCCUCAGCUUACCGAUGCCCCCACUCACACUCACAGGACGCCCUAUACCGUGCCGCAGGCCAUACUGAAGGAGCUCCGCGACGACCCCGGACCCGCCACCGCUCCCUCGUCGGCGUCUGUCCCGACCACCCUCCUCCGCCGAACUGAGCGUGCGCUCGACUGGCCCGGGAAAUGAUGAACUCGAGUCCAUAGUAGAUGUUCUCCGCGGAAGCGGCGCCCGGCGAGGAACGGGCCUGGACGUUUCAGCGUUGCGGGACGGACCCGAGCCUGACGGCCGAGGUCCUCGGGACGGGCUAGAAGCGGAAGAACGACCGCCGCGGCCGCCGCUCGUGUCAUGACUGUUUCUAAGCUGUCCAGCAACUUCUGCGAGUUUCCUCGGGUGAGGCGUUGGGUAUUCGCGGUAUGCCCUCGGUGGGGACGAGCUGCUCUGACUCUGACGGAUGUCAUUGUUGAGAGUAGCUGCCGAUGACGACCAGCGGUUGGACUCCUUGCGAGGAGGCGGCGGCAUAGCAGCAGCAAUCUCUGUGCUACUAUCUGACGGUAUGAGUUGACAAGAGGCGUACGGAAGACCAGCUUU